AUUCAGGAAUCCGAUGCAAGUCCGAUGUGCAGCCUGAGCAGGUUGCAAUGGUGCAUGUUGUGUCUGGGCUCUCAAAGCAUUAGGUCGAAUGUUUUGGACGAGGAGAGUUACCAUGUAUAGGAAACCAGGCGUUCAACUGCUAUCUUUUUUCUUCAAAGUGAAGAGUUACGUUUCACGAUACUACUGGAAUGACUACUUGCAUUGGCGACCUCGAGAUCAGUUGGUAUACGAGGUAGACAAGCUUCGCCCAGAGUUCAUUGCAUUCCAGGUUCCGUACCUCUGUGCCGCCUUGCCAUACGAUGGUCUUGGUUACUGGGACUAUCCCUCACGUGUGGGCUGGAAAGUCCACCGCUUCGAUCGCGGAUGUCAUCGCCGUUGCCCACCAGGAAACUGCAUAUCCUCUGACAGAAUGCCAGAGGAUGUGCCUUAUGGGUUACAGACACAUUCUAUAUCCCGAAUGGAUGACUCAAUCCCCACUGUUCAAGAGAAAAUAGCAUUCCUCCAGGCUUGGCUAUUCUUUGGAGCUUUAGCCGAAGUAUGUUCAAUUUGUGGAUUAUCGUUGGAACUCCAAGAUACUUUCAUCUCGAAGGGCAUGGUCAAUACUGCAGCCUUGAAUGGGCUGCCAAUGAGGCUCUAUCAUUCAUCGCAGAAGCUCGGAAUCGCUGGCUCCAUGAAGCUGAAAUCGCAGCUUCGUGUGCUUACGCGUCAUGUUCAACUCAUGAUCACCAGAGGCGAUGAACGGGAGGAUGAACAUGAAUAUACCUUCACCCAAUGCGAAGUUUUAUGCUCUAUAUACGUUCUACUUCGCAUACUCUCCUUAACGACUCUUUGUCAUGCACCUCACUGGAACCUGGACCCUAACGACGAUAUGUACACCACUCUCGGCGAUGUGACAUCCGAUUGGAAACCAGAGGGAUUGUCAAGGAUGAGAGACCUCACUCUCGCCAAACUAUUCCAGCGAGGUUGGUGCCCAAGUGAAAUUCAUCUUUUACAAGGGGACGAUGUGUUUAUAUUUACCUCAUUUUUGGAACGACCUUUGGAGGCACGACGAGAUCACUCAAACUGUCUCGAAACGAGGUGCAAGGCGUAUCAAAUUGUUGAGGAAGAAUACAAAACGGCACACACUGCUUUUGAUUGUACUUGCGAAUUCGUUUCUGUGAUUCCUGAGCACCUCCGAGAUGCUCUUGCUGCCAACAAAAUCCCAAAGAUCAUUGUUUCUGAGGACCUUCAGCUCUCCGUUAUUGACGAUAAGAGUCAUCCAUAUAUCGCCAUAAGCCAUGUGUGGGCUGAUGGGCUUGGAAAUCCUUUCGACAAUUCGCUACCACGAUGUCAGCUUAGAAGGCUACGACAUCUCAUGCGUGACCUAUGCAAAACUCAUAAGGUUGCGCGAUCUCAUCGUCUCCGUUCCAUAGCACUCUGGAUCGAUACUCUUUGUAUCCCUGUCGCUCCUCAAUUCAAAGAAUAUCGAAAGCUUGCCAUCAGACUCCUCGCACGAACGUUUCAUGAAUCCACCGCAGUGCUGGUUCUCGAUCGAGAAUUAUCCCUCUUCAAUUCACGCAGUGCUUCUAUCCUCGAGCUCGGUAUUAGGAUUAUGUGUAGUGGUUGGAUGAAGCGUCUUUGGACCCUACAAGAAGCUUCACUUGCCAUCGAGUCCGCAGAUGAUCGCGGGAGGCUGUAUUUCCAGAUGUUCGACGGACCUGUACAGUGGAAGAAGCUCACGGAAACCUUCGACUACAAGCCAAUGAAACCACAACGAAGGCCCCCAAAGCAUGAUGCACGGCAUGAUAACAUUCAUGACGUGAAAUCGGUCCUACUGUUUGAAAUAUGGGUCACUGUAUCCAUGAUCAACCGACUUCCAUCCGUUCGAGAAUUGCAAAGUCCGCGUUGGGAUUCCAAUCUCGAGAUGAUAUCCGAGGCGGCACAAACCCGAUCCACGAGUAAAGCUGAAGACGAACCUAUCUGUCUAGCUUCUCUUCUUGGGUUAGACCUGGCAGACGUCCUCAGCGUGCAAACUGCAUCUGAGCGUAUGAUCCGGUUCUAUCUCUUACUUCAUGAAAUUCCUAUAGCAAUCAUUUUCGCACAAUUAGGUGUUGCGAACUUCAGAGCUGAGAACUUGGAGCAGGCGCCAUUCCGUUGGGUUCCCAAGUCUCUUCUGACGUUAGAGUUACCGAUGAAUAUUCAUAUGGCGUAUGCCUCUCAGAGGUUUGCAGAGCAGAACUACCAUCUGAAUGGCGUCUGCGAACCCGAUGGUUUUCACUUUCAACACAAUGGCUUGUUAUUCCUUGACACGGAGAGGACUCCGCCGAGAAAGAAAGCUAUCAUCGAGAUUACCAACGAUCAGGGUGGAAAUGAACGCUACGUUUUGGUUUGGUUGGGGGAUAUACCGGAACAUCUUCCCAGGCAUAUGGCUUUGAUACUUGAAACGGGCAUCUGCUCAAAUGUAGCUAUCGUGAGCGUGGAGAGCAGGAUGAACGAUGGACACCAAGUAGAGAUCUAUGGGACUCUCGUUGGACAUGGAUUUGUUAGGACCAUGGAAGAGCCAGACGAAGAGGGAAGCAUCCUCCAAAGCACCUUGACUAGUCUGGAGCAGAAGUGGUGCUUGACAUAGCAUAACGCAAACACCUGGAUGCAGGGCUAAGGCGCUCCUUAAUUUUCUACAUAUAAAGUUCUCCUGAGUACGUGAUGCUCAAUUGAAAUGUAUCCCAAGAUUAGGGAUCACGUGUGAUACCAGAGCCGUUGUUACGCUGAUCGAACCAUAGAAUCACUACACUCUCUGCGGCAGCCAGAAGGAAUGACCCAUCAAACAGCGACCCGAACACCUGAUACUCGGCAAUGUCGAGAAGAGGUUGAUAGUUCCAUUGUCCGGCUCCGUAUCAGGCCUCGAGGGUGGUGGAGGGAACGAGGUGCGUAGUUGAAGGAGGAUUGAAGAGAGAUAGAUACCCUAAAGGACGGGUCAAUGACAUCUCUGGUGAAUG